AUGAAGGCGCCCAAGUUUAUGUUCAUCAAUAAAACUGCCGGCUCGGAUUCACUGUCCCACAGCCACAAGAGCGAGAGAAUAAAGAUCCACAGCCAUGUCCAGAAGGGACGGCGGUACAAGAAGUUCGAAGACGCCAUCAUGUACUCUGGACAGCUACCGCACACUGGGCCUGAACACCAAGGCAAAGGAUUGGAGGAUUGUCAAGAUGAACCCAACUAUGGCGAUAACGAUCUUGGGGAGUCUUCGACACAACAUACAUCGGACCUAAUACAUCGUCCGUCAGAAUCUCUGCUUCACCUUGACGGUGAUCAGUAUCUACAGCCGCUAUCUCCAAAUAUCGAUCCGUUGCUCUGGGACUAUUCACAGCCACACCCCACGCCGUCAGGGUCGCCUGGUUCAAUACCGGUAUUCCCCGCUUCAGCAGAGGAAAACUUUGAUCCUUUCAAGGUGACCUGUGUCAGGGUUGAUGAAGGCAUCUACAGCCUGCUACAUUAUUUCCUCCGAGUGUGGCACCCUAAUGUGUGGCAUCUGGAGAGAAGUGGCCGGUUCGAUCACGAAUACGCGUUUCGGCACGACGCCAUGAGUUUGGUCCAAGGAUGCCUCCAUGACAAGUACAACAUGUACGCCCUGCUUGCCUACAUGGCAAGUUACAUGCACGAUAUCGAGGGAAUAUCUCCGCCGGGAGACGGCACUUUCUAUAUGCACCAGGCACUGCGGGCUUCUCAGAAUUAUGUCAAGAGUCGGCAACCGAUUACGGGGCGGCUAAUUUUCAAUAUCUUUGCGCUGGGCUGUGCCGAGUGGUACAGGUACAAUCGCGAGGCUGGGUACGUGCAUCUCAAGGCGGCCAAGUCCAUCAUUGACCUAAUCGGCGGCCUCAAGUCCCAGGAGGGUCCGCUCGUGGAUCUUUUGUUGACUGGCGAUGCCUAUGUGGCCGGGGAACUACAGCAGAAGCCUCUGUGGUCUGAUUCCGACUUUGACAACGGCGACGACCACCCCAUGACCGCCUACGGUCUCCAAGAGCUUCAGAAGCUUCUCUCGGGCACCGUCGCCAUAGGGUGCGGCCUUCUCAGCUCGGCGCAGCAGGGGAUAAUCCCUGCGUCCCUGCGCUGGAUAGUUCUGGAUCUUGCAGUGGUGGUCUCCGUCUUCGAGUCCUCACAAUCCGCUGCGCCUGGGGACGAGCAUCAAUCCUUUGACAGUCGUGAAGUGUUCCAUUGGGUGAGCAUGCGCAGCUUCGCCAUCAGACAUCGGCUUCUACAUCUCGAACUGGACGAUGGGCGAAGUGAAGCCGUUCGCACGGCGCUUGUGCUGUGGAUGUUCCUAUGCUUUACCGUGACUGGGCGAGUCCGGACGGCCAAAGUCAUGGCGCCCUAUCUGCAGGAUCGACUGUGCUCAAUCCCGGAGGCAGAGUGGAACGGCCACAAAGAAGUCCUCGCAUGGGUUCUGAGCGUCGGUGCCAUGUCUUCCCAGGUCGGCUCGGAAGCUCACACGUGGUUUGUGGCUCAAGGCAGCUCUCUGCCUCUCUGUCUUCGCGGAGCUGACGAUGCCGACGGGAUCUUUACCGCUCUCGUCGCCCUCUCCCAGAGGUUCUUCUACCUGGAGUCGGCACAGCAGAGUUAUCUGCGAGCUUUGGCUGACGAUAUCCACGAUAUGCGCACGGUAACAGCAGGAGAGGAAUCAAACAUCGAGUGA